AUGUCGACUGCGGCAACACUCCGCCGGGCAUUGGCAGUUGUUCGGCCACGCUGCGGGAGGUCUCCCAGAGGGCGCUUCCUUACGCGGUCAUACUCUGAGGGGGUUCGAAGGACUACGAAGGCGGUUCGAAAGACGGCGAUCCAUCGUGGCUUCUGGGUAGAAACCGAAUCACCGAGCUCAUGGACGGUAGAGUCCAGCUCAGAAUCGCUGCUCUCGGAAUCUGAACUGAUCUCGCUGGGUCAUCCAGAGCUCAGGCAGCCCGUCUUGCUCCACCGCCCAUGGCUCCGCGAUGCCUGCCAGUGUGAUGUUUGUGUUGACCCUUCAUCCGGCCAGAAGCGCUUUGCCACAGUUGACGUACCAGGUGACCUGCCUGUCAGUAAUGCUGUCCGCUGCGAGGACGGCUCGCUUGAGAUCACCUGGGAGAACGACUUCCACACCCAUGGAACUCAUGUCUCCCGCUAUCCCCGCCAAGAGAUCGAGGCAUACUUCAGCAAAAGGGAGAAUGACCCCCAAAAACGAAGACUAUGGGAUCGUGAAGUACUCGAGUCUCUUAACCCCUUCUACGGUUAUACAGAGUUUAUGGACGGGAAAGCCGACUACCUGUCCGCCAUGGCGACUCUCCGAUCUCACGGCGCCAUCUUUCUUCGCAAUGUACCCUUGUCUAAACAUUGUGUCGAGCUUCUCGCUUUCAAGAUUGGCAUCUUACAGCAUACCUUCUAUGGGAAAUCUUGGGAUGUCUGGUCCAAGCCUGAUGCAGAGAACGUCGCUUACACCAGCUCGUACCUAGGUCUUCAUCAGGACCUGCUCUAUAUGGGUGACCCACCACGCAUUCAACUUCUUCACUGCCUCAAGAACACGUGUCAAGGGGGUGAGUCCCUAUUCAGUGACGGUCUCCGCGCUGGAUCGCAACUGAAAUCAGGAUUUCCACACAUGCUCGGACCUCUUGCUAAGCAGAGAGUUGGGUACCACUACCAGAAAGGCGAGCAUCAUUAUCACCGCGACCGCACGAUUCUCAACGAAUAUUCUGGAGCUGCAUAUUGGUCUCCACCCUUCCAAACGCCAUGGCAGCCCUUGAAAAAGACUCCUAAGGGAAUUGAACACUACAAAGCGUGGAAGGAAGCAGCUCGGAAGUUCAAGAGCUUGCUGGAACAGGAAGAAUACGUCUACGAGUACAAGAUGAAGGAGGGAGAAUGCGCCAUAUUUGACAAUCUUCGAGUUUUACAUGGACGUCGCCAGUUCGACACGUCGACCGGGGAGAGGUGGUUGAGGGGGGCCUAUGUUGGCAACGACUCGUUCAAGGGCAAGUUGCACUCUCUGAAUAAUGCCCUUCCCCGUGCCCAGUACCCCCACAUUGUCGAGCAGGCUAUGGGUCUACUUCGUACGUAA